CAUGUCCCGGCUGGGCAAUCCACACCUGGCAACUCCCCGAGUCUCCCAUCUCCACCAAGUCACUUCCUCUCCUCCCCUGUCUUUCGAUCUGAACCCUUCGCAUUGAUCGGGACAAAGUUCUUUUCACCUUCAAAUACUGCAAAGUUUGCCUUUAACCACACACUGCGAUUCAGCCCACCAUGGCGAGCGAGUUCCAGUCCGCCAUGACCAUCCGGUCGCUCCGCAUACUCAAGAAUGAGCUGGAGUUCCUCGCAGAUUCCGCCGUGAUCAAGCCCGAUCAGCUCAAUGCUAUCCUUGCACAACUGCCCACCGAGACCGACGCCCGCGCUGCGGCUGCGCGCCAGAACCAAACACCCCCUUCACCAUUGCAGGUUCAGCCCCUGCCUCAACCCGUUCAAGCGCAGCCUCCUCCCGCCCCAUAUUCGCCCCCGGUGACGCAGGCGUCCAAUCUCUCGUUGAACGAGAAGGCCCCUUCAUACAAUUCAUACGCCUCCCCGCCCCCGCAGGCACCACCUGCAUACCCUCAGGUCCCACCGUCUUUGGGUUUCGCCUCCGCGAUGUGGGCAUACACUCCAACUGACGCGGGUGACCUGGCGCUGGCGCAGAAUGAUCGUAUUGUUGUCCUCGAGCAUAUGAAUGAUGACUGGUGGCGUGGUCGCAAUGAGCGUACGGGCCAGGAGGGUAUCUUCCCAAAGAGCUAUGUGACCCCGAUCGAUAACAAGGGAGGCAUCACCUCGCCGCCCCCGCCUACCAACUAUGGAAAUAUGCCUUUGGCUGUUAGCCAGAGCGGAUCCGCGCCAAACACCAAUGAUCCGGAGCAGAAGAGCAAGUUUGAGCAGAAUGGCAAGAAAUUUGGCAAGAAAUUGGGCAAUGCAGCAAUUUUCGGUGCCGGUGCUACUGUUGGUUCCAACAUCGUGAACAGUAUUUUCUGA